GUUACAUGUUAUGAAAGCGUAUAACACAACUGCUGAAGGUUUGGCUUUGCCUUUUCAUGGACUAGUUAGCUAGUUCACUGAAUUAAAUCGAAUCGAAAACAAGAUCAAAUUAAGCUUAACGACAAAUAGAGAUUAAUCAUGAAGGAUGACAUGGAUAAAAUCGUCAGUCUGUCAGAUGGAGACAGUACCGUCGAACUUCAGAAAUACCUGUCGUCCCUCUCAAAUGACCAGCUAACCACCGUGUUAACGAAUGGUGCCCUAAAGGGUAAGAAGGUCGGAACCAUGAUAAAAGGCAUAUUUAAAGGCUCUCCAUCCAGUUCCACUGAAGGAUCUACCCGCAGACUUCUUGUCUAUCAACACUGCAUCCCUCUGUGUGAGUCUGGGGAUCUUCAGACUGAAGUGGCAGCUGAUAUCAUUGGACUGCUGAUGCUGGAGACUCAUACUCUGCCCGGACCCUCUCUUGCAAAACUGGCCUCUCUUUUUGUUGAAGCCAUUAAGGUGGGAAAAAUGGGCAGUGGGAAAUCCCUGGAGCUUUUUCCGACUGUGCUGACUGCCCUCUCAGCCUGUGAAGCGUUGUCCUAUGGAAAAGGUGAGCUCAGUGGGGAGGGGUACAAGAAACAGCUGAUCAACAGCCUGUGCUCCAGCAGAUGGGACCCGCAAUGUGUCAUCCACUUGACGACCAUGUUCAGGGAUGUACCCCUGUCAUCAGAGGAGCUGCAGUUUCUGGUGGAGAAAGUCCUGAGGAUGUUCACUAAGCUGGACCUGCAGGAGAUUCCACCACUGGUUUAUCAGCUGCUGCUUUUAUCCGCAAAGGGUUGUAAGAAACAGGUCCUGGAUGGAAUCAUCUGUUAUUUUAAAGAGCAAGACGUUCGCCAGGAAGAGGAGCAGAAACACGGAGAGAGCCUGGAUCUAGAGGUCCAGUCUAUUCCUCAGGACCAGUUGAGGCAUGUGGAGGGCACUGUGAUCCUCCACAUAGUCUUUUCUAUAAGACUCGACCAUGAACUCGGGAGAGAAUUCCUUAAAAACUUCAAGACCUCUUACGGGGACCUGUGCCCUUUCAGUGUGGCACUGUUGCUCUCAGUGGCACGCAUUCAGCGCUAUGAAGAGCAGGUGUUUGACCUUUUGAAGGGGGCAAUCGUCAAGAGUUUCAAGGAUGAGCAGCUGCAGCAGGGGUCCAAGUUCCUGCAGGACCUUCUGCCUGGGCCCUGCAGCGUGGAUCACAUGAUCCUGGACACAGUCAAAAACAGCGUGUUUGGUUGGGAUCAUGUGACCCAGGGGCUGGUGCAGCUGGGCUUCUCCCUUAUGGAUGCAUUUGGACCCAAACCUGGACCAUUUGGAAAGACCAUAGAAGGCGCCUCUACCAUAGCCCGGACCCCCACUCAGCAAGCAUGUAAGCUGGGAGGACAGGUGCUCCUGCAGGGCUUUAAGAUGCACGAGCCUAUCAGAGGCGAGAUACUGGAGCAGGUCUUGAAUCGAUUGGUCACAAAGACAGCCUCACCUGUCAAUCAUUAUUUAGACCUUUUCUCUGACAUUGUGGUCUCUGCUCCCAUGAUUCUCCUGGAGUCCUCUUCCAAGGUGACAGAGACAUUUGACCAUCUGUCAUACCUGCCCUUGACCACUGUUCAGGGUUUACUAAAAGCUGUCCAGCCUCUGCUCAAAGUCAGUAUGUCCUUGAAAGAUGCUUUGAUUCUAGUUCUCCGUAAGGCCAUGUUUUCCAGCCAGCUGGACGGCAGGAAGUCUGCAGUGACCGGCUUCUUGUUGCUGCUGAAGAACUUCAAAGUGUUGGGCAGCUUGGCCUCGAGCCAGUGUAGCCAGGCGGCGUCCUCGAGCCAGGUCCAAGUGGACGUUCACUCUCGUUACAACUCUGCUGCCAAUGAAGCGUUCUGUCUGGAGAUCCUCAGCAGCCUGCGGCGCUGCCUCGGUCAGCAGGCUGACGUGCGUCUCAUGCUCUAUGAGGGUUUCUAUGAUGUACUCCGUCGCAACUCUCAACUUGCCAGCUCCAUCAUGCAGACCCUCUUCUCGCAGCUGAAGCGGUACUACGAGCCUGAGCAGGACCUCCUUCCCCCGGUGAAACUGGAACCAUGCAUCACGGCGCUCGGAGACCAGGUUUUCCUCCAGGAGCCGCUGGCCCAUCUGUUGAGCUGUACUGUUCACUGCCUGCUCUGGCUGCAGAACAUGCGACGAUCUGCACACCCAGUUGCAAACGACAGUGAUGACGAGGAUGAGGAGGAGGAAGAGGAGGAGGGAUACCAGUCUGAACUAGAGACAAUCCUAGAGAGCAUGACGAGACGCAUGAUCAAGAGUGAACUGGAGGACUUUGAACUGGACAAGUCAGCUGAGUUCUCCAUUGGAUCCAGUGUUGGUGUGAAGAAUAGUAUCUACGCUGUGCUGGUGAUGGGAGUCUAUGAGAUCCUUAUGGAGUUCAACUUCAUCAAAGCCAACUACAGUAAAAACCGCUUUGAGGAGCUCAUAGAGCUUUUCAACCGCUACCACAAACUGUCUGAGAUCCUGAAGGAGAAAUCAGGAAAGGGUCGGGUGCCUUCAAACAAAACCCCCCGCAGUUUACUCUCUCUGGGCUUCAUAUCUACUCUCCUUACUGUGCUCUUCAGAGACAGUACUCAGAGCAGAGAGGAGGCUCUGUCAGUUCUUCGCCUAAGUGGAGAGUUUGUGCGCUAUGCGGUGAACGUAGCGGUUCAGAAGAUCCAGCAGCUGGAGGAGAGCGGACACACAGACGGGCCGGACGGACAGAACACAGACAGAACGUUCCGCUUCCUCUGUGACAUGACAAGUGUGCUGAUGUGGCGCUACACCAACAUCCCCAGCGCGGUGGAGGACGGGGGGAAGAAGGAGAAGCGCUCCAGCCUGUCUCUGCUGUGUCUGGAGGGUCUGCUCAGGAUCUUCACCACCUGCCAGCAGCGCUUUCCAGACAGGAUGGUCCAGCUCCUCUCCACCAUGGACAUCGCAGAGGAUGACUCUGAGCCAGAUGAUGGCAACGUCACUGAGAUGAACUUCUUCUACAUCCGACAGUUUCAGAGGGCGCUGUUCACUCAGCUAAGUGGAGGAGAGGAAGAAUUUAACAGCAAGGAGGCUCAGCUGCUGGUCAGCAUCCUGACUGUGCUCUCACGCCAGCUGAAGCCCACCUCCCAACAGUUUGUACAGAUGAUUACGUGGACUGUAAAGAUCUGCAAGGAGACCAGUUUUGAGGAUUCUGCUUUCUCCAAGGGUCUGCUGUCUCUUCUGUUCAGCCUGCAUGUUCUCUACAAGAGUCCUGUGAGCCUGCUGCUGGAGCUCUGCCAGGACAUCCACAGCCAGCUGGGGGACAUCGAUCAGGAUGUAGAAGUGGAAAAGCAGUCUCACUUUGCCAUAGUCAACAUGAAGACUGCGUCCACAGCCACACUGCUGGUCCUGUCUCAGGUUGACAGAGUGCUUGAUGAAGUGGACUGGCUGAUUGCCAAAAAGAAAAGCCAGGCGCCCUCUGACACACCGGGUCCUGGGGGGGCCACCCAGACCGCGGGCCAGCAGGAUCCCAUAGAGAAAGCGGUGACGCUGCAGCUCGGGACCCUUCUGACGGCGUUAAACGAGCUGGUGCAGACCGCCCUGCUGCCUGGCUCAUGUACCAUCACCCUGCUGAGAGAACUGAGCCGCACCUACACCACCCUCACCACGCUCGUCAAAUACUACAUCCAGGUGUGUGCCAGUCAGCCCGGAGCACUGUCGGCACGCCUCGAGAAGCUGGUGAAACUGUCGGGUUCCCACCUCACGCCACAGUGCUACUCCUUCAUCACUUACGCACAGAGUGGAGAAAUGAGCAUUGGAGGGGCAGAUGACAAGAAGAAAAAGAAAAGAAAUGAAGUGAACACUGCUGCCUCUGCAAAACUUCUGCGUGAAACAAAAGCCAUUCCUAACGUAAUCUUCAGUAUUGAACAGUACGAGAAAUUCCUCAUCACACUUUCAAAAAAAUCAAAGGUCAAUCUGAUGCAGUACAUGAAGUUGAGCACCUCGAGAGAUUUCCGCAUCAACGCUGCUUCUCUGGACGCAGCUCUGCAGGAGCAGGACGGCACUCCGGAGACCAACGAGUCACAGGAAGCAGAGGAGAAGGAGGAGCCCAAAAAGAAGAAGAGGAAACAGUGAGCUAAGAAUCAGCCUCACUGAUGUGGAACUUGCCCAGCUGCUGAAUGGCUUUAAGUCGUGCGUUUGAGCUGUUCUGACUAACAGAGGCUUCUCCCACACAGUGCUAUCUCCCUCUGUCCAGAGAGCCUCUUGUGAUAUCCAGUAUUUGGUAGAUGUCCAAGGCCUCACCUGUGAAAAGUUUGCACACUUUGAUUAACACUCUGGUUAUGUUCCUAUAGUUAAUUUUAUAUUCAAGAGAUGUUUUUUCUAAACCAUAGGUAAAUGUGAAUUGUUACUGUCACUUUAAGUAAUCAGUUGCUAUUGUAUGCAAAGAACAGUUGUCACUACAUAUAGCAUUCCCUAAGAUGCCCCCACUUGCCUGAACAAAAGGAAGAAGUGGAUACAUGGUGUCCAAUACACAUAAAUGCAUCCCGGAGAGAAACCAAGCUUUGUUUCUAGUGCUGUUUUGUUUUAAAAAUAAAUAUUGUUUUCUUUGUUA